CCAGAGAGAGAGAGUGAGAGAGAGAGUGAGAGAGAGACUAGAGAGCAUACAGAAUAAAUACCAGAAACAGAAGAUUUUGAAAUCCAGUUAUAUCUGUAACUGGACACCUCUAAGUCGCCAAAAACCCAUUUCCUAAUACUUCAUUUCAAGGUAUCCCAUUUGUUCAGAUUUCAUCCUCUUUUUUUCACUCUGAUCAAAUUUCAUCGACCAUCAUGAUCAAGAGGAUUAGAGGGUUCAGGCUUGGACGCAAGAAACUAGCAAGAUUCUUCAAAUGGAUUGCCCAACGCAGAAGAGAACCAGCUCGUUUGUGCUCCAGGGACCACCCAAGAAGGUCCUGCAAUUCCAUUUCCAAAAUCUUGGACAUGGCUCGAUAUUUUACACGUGGAGCUAAAACUCUCUGUUUUCCAAAUUCGGAUCCGGGUUAUAUCAAAUUGGGUCGUGCGAAACCAAUGGAGGUACCCAAAGGACACUUGGCUGUGUACGUGGGCGAAUCAGAUGGAGACACGAAGAGGGAAUUGGUGCCUGUCAUUUUCUUCAAUCACCCUCUCUUUGCAGAGCUAUUACAGAGAACGGAGCGGGUAAACGGGUACAAUCAUUCGGGUGGGAUUACUAUACCGUGUGGGUAUUCGGAGUUUGAGAAGGUAAAGACGAGGAUUGCCGCCUGGGAAAAUUGCCAUAAUAGUAUAUGGACGAAGAAGCAUUAUAAGUAUUGGUGAUAUUUAAUGUCAUUGGCGGGUUUUGAGCUUGCACUACAAAUAUUUUUAUCAUCAUUUAAUGAAAAUUAAAUUCCAUUAGCUUUAUGUGAAUAGAUGAAAUAAAAUAAUUGCUUUUAGUGA